AUGGUCUACUUAACCUUACAGAAAUCCCAGAAGUUCUUGGCAAGCUCCCGGCAAGUUCACAAAACUGCUGCUCACGAUGCUCUCAGAGGACGCAGAGAGGACACAGAUUUUUGUCAGCAGAAGGUUUCCAAACUGCUGAGUGUUACAGAUUCCUAUAGCAAUAUAUUUCACAGAGCCGCUGCAAGGAGUGAUUUUAUUUCAGUGAGUCACAGCAGCGAUGACAUUCUCAGCUGUGUUUACAAGUGGUUUUUAGACUCCUAAGCUCUAGUGGUGGCCAGGAGCGCUCCGGAGGAGACCGUGACCAGCAGCUUUGCCUCCUUCAUCCACGCAGUUCGACCCGAGCACUUGUCCAAGACCGUCCGUCACAGGAGCAAGAGGAUGAUCCUCGACAGCAUUGGGGUUGGCCUCGUGGGCAGCACGACGCAUGUGUUCGAUAUCGCUCUGCAGUACUGUCGGGAGCUGUACUCUUCAGGUGCUGUGAGCUCUGUCUACGGCAAGCCAGGCAUAAAGCUCUCCCCAACGCUGGCUGCAUUUACUAAUGGAGUUGCGACUCACUCCAUGGACUUCGAUGAUACCUGGCACCCUGCUACUCACCCGUCAGGGGCUGUUCUGCCAGCUCUUCUGGCAGCUUCCCAGAUGCUACCUCCAAGCACCAAACCCAACGGCAUGGAUUUCCUGCUGGCAUUUAACGUGGGCCUGGAAGUGCAAGGGAGGCUCAUGCAUUUCUCCACUGAGGCUCAUGACAUUCCCAAAAGGUUCCACCCUCCCUCGGUGGUCGGUACCAUGGGCAGUGCUGCGGCCACUGCAAAACUGCUCUCUCUCAGCACAGCCCAGUGCGCACACGCUUUGGGUAUUGCUGCGUCGCUUGCAGGGGCACCCAUGGCAAACGCUGCCACCCAAGCCAAGCCAUUGCAUAUCGGGAAUGCUACCCGCCUGGGCUUCGAAGCAGCACUGCUGGCUGCCCGAGGGAUGGAGGCUAACCCCUUAAUUCUGGAUGAUAUCCCUGGUUGCUCUGGAUUCAGUGUUUUCUACAGUGUCUAUCAACCCAAACCACUGUCCACACCAAGUGACCAUCAUGAGUUCCUCUUGGAGAAGCAAGAUAUUGCUUUCAAGCGAUUCCCAGCCCACCUGGGGAUGCACUGGGUGGUGGAUGCUGCCUUGUCUGUCCGGAACCUUUUCAUCAACUAUGCAGGGUCCUUCUGUCCCUCUUUGAUCCGCACCAUUGUGCUGAAGAUCCCAGUGUCAAAGUACAUCAAUCGGCCUUUCCCCAGCUCUGAACACCAGGCUAGACACUCCUUCCAGUUCAAUGCCUGUGCUGCCCUGUUGGAUGGUGAAGUGGGCCUCAGCUCCUUCACAGAGAGCAGCAUCCAGCGGCAGGAGCUGAGGGAGCUGCUGGACAAAGUGGUGGUGGAGCACCCUGAAGAUAAUGUGGCCAACUUUGACAAGAUGUACGGAGAGGUGGCACUGCUCCUGCACAGCGGGGAUGUCCUCACAGGCAAAUGUGACACUUUCUAUGGGCACUGGAGGAAGCCACUGAGCAAAGAAUCGCUCCUGAAGAAGUUUCGAGCCAACGCCUCUCAUGUGCUUCCAGAAGAAAAAAUAGAAACCAUCAUCACUAUGGUGGACAACCUCGAGAAUCUGUCAGAUAGUUCCCAGCUGGCCUGCAACCUGUGA